AUGGAACAUCACAGUCCUGUAAAAACUUUAUGCAUUGGUGGGGGAACACAUGGAAAUGAGCUUCACGGUGUAUACUUGGUAAAAAAUAGGCGCCUUGUUGGCGCAUGUGACUACUGCUGAAGAAGAAAAGGUAUUAAAAGUAUAAUUGUUUUAAAUAGGCUGUUCUUUUGAUAGUAAUGUAUUGAAAACGGUGAAUAUCGAGCGAUCAUGGCAAGCUUUGUGAAUCUGUAUGAUGAUUGAAAUUUUGAUUUUAUUUACCUCGAAUAUAACAACUUGCUUAAACAAAUAAAGUUGAUGAUGAUGAUGAGACGAUGAAGGUAAGGUAAAGCGUGUCUGUCUGCUGAGCCUUGGCACAGGGAUAUGAAAAGAUGUUGGCAGGCAGUCAAGAGGUUAAUAUGGACUUGGUUUGUUAUAAAAAAUAGGACUCAAUGAUUGGCAAAUGAAAACUUUUUAAUUUUAAAGAUUUUAAUAAACGUAUGAAACAUGAGUUAUUACAAACAAGAAUAGUAAACAGUAGUUUGCACGUCAUUGUUUUAGAAUUAUGUUUAAGUGAACAAUUUUAACAUGUUUUUUUUUGUAAAACUGGUUUUUGUAUCAAUUUUCAGUGGUGACGUGACUAAACAGAACUUCAAUCUUAGAUGUAACUACAUGUGUACAUCCUAGAGUAUGAACUGUUAUGUUAACCAAAACGUGUUUAUUUUUGUAGCAAUUCUUAACUUACUAUUAUGUUAACCCAAACCCGUUUUUUGGUUUUUGUAGCAAUUCUCAGUACUAGCAAAACUUAACAGAACUGUAAUGAUAGAUGUAACUAGAUGUACAUCCUAGAUUAUAUACUACUGUGUUAACCAAACUGGUUUUUGUAGCAAUUCUCAGUACUAAUAAAAUUCAACGAAACAGAACUGCAAUGAUAGAUGUAACUACAUGUACAUCCUAGAGUAUAUACUACUGUGUUAACCAAACUGGUUUUUGUAGCAAUUCUCAGUACUAAUAAAAUUCAAAUCGAAACAGAACUGCAAUGAUAGAUGUAACUACGUGUACAUCCUAGAGUAUAUACUUCUAUGUUAACCAAAAUGUGUUAAUUACAUGUUAGUUACUCCUUUUGGGCAAUCUUGAGGACUACUUUGGUUGUUGUGUUGUAUGUGAAGUUUACUGCUGGAAGAUUUAAUAAACUGUUUGUGAGAAUGUCCCGAGUUAAUGUUGGCUGGCUUUUUGGUUUUGAAUUGCCAGUAUCUGCUUGAUUGGCUCCUCAAACAAUGUUAGUUCUAGGGACUUCUCAUCAGAGAACUGUACCAUUACCUGAGCAUACCAGUGUUGAGAUGCAGGUUUAAGUUUUUGCUUCAUGUGACAAUUUUUGCACUCCAAAUAUGCUGCUCCAGUAGAUUGCUCUAGUUUCUUUUUACACUUAAAGCAAGAGAAGUACGAGUUGAUGGAAACUAUUCCCAUUAUUUCUCCUUCGACGGUUGUGGAUACAAAUUGUGUAGUGUCCUGAGUUAGUGGCACAGCUAGGAUUUCAGUAAAAUCUUCUGUGAGUCUGAUUUCAGUGCCAUAUUUAGCAGUGUUUAAGUAAAUGGUUUCAUUGUAUUUGUCCUUUCGUUACAGUUACAUUGUGGAAGAUAUAUGUUCGGUUGUUUUCCACUUGGUUAAUAAAAUUCUCCCACAAUACCAUUUUCAUUGAAGCUGUAGGGUCAAGCAGAAUACAGUUCACAAGAGUUAAAUCUCCUGCUUUUUGCUGUUUGGACAUGUUGGUUAGUUUGGCCUUUACAGUUAUAUGCUGGCCAACUCGAACAGAUUUGACUGACAAAAGGGUGGUUGAAGAUUGUAUUUGUGAUCUUUGGAAGUCCAGUUCUGGAUAGUGUUCGACUAUGACAUCAUGUCCCAUCAACAGAUCACUGGUGUUUGCAUUGGUGUCUACUUUGAACCUUUUAAUUUUUAUGGGGCUCUUCUUGUCCUGAAAGUCUGCAAAAAUCUUGCGCUUACUUGGUGAGAAGCACACGGCUCGGGUAACUGAUUCAUCCCUCCCUUGCAACUGGCAUUGAAAAAACUUUUCGUUAUACACAGCAGAAACAUUAUGUAUGUAUCCCACAAAUUCUUGACUUGAAGAAGGAGCACCAGUGCUGUGAGUAGCUGUUUGCUUUGAGAAAUCAUCCAUGACUGAAAAAAAGAGAAGACUAUUAAUAAAUAAAGGAUUAUUGCCUAUAAAAAUAAAGGACACAAUAUAAGCUAAACCAAUCCUUUGAGUAUAUAAUUACUGAAAUAUAGUGGAUAUUUACCUGAUGAUUACUGUUAGGGGAGAGGGAGGGUACAGGGAUGAAGGAGUUAUAGAAAUUACUGAAUCUUUGUAGUGAUUAUUAUGAUUAUGUAGUCAUCUUUUAGUAUGGAUUGUAUUACAUCUAGGUGUGGUUGUGUCCUUAUCUGUAUAACAGGCAAGAAAAGUUUGAAUUGAAGUUAUGUUUCUGUAUUGACAUAGUUUAUUAACGCACAUAUUGUUUUGUGGUCUGAAAAAUAAGUUUCUAACAAGUGUAACUUUGCCUGAGAUUCUGGCAGGUUAGUAUAAAUGUGGUCUAUAGCUGUUUUGCUGUCAGUGGUAUACAAAGAUACUAACUGUCUGUAGUUAUUUUCUGUAAUAAAUAGAUUAUAUAAUGGAACUCUAUCAGUUUGAUUUAACCAGUUUACAUUAAAAUCUCCAAGGAAAAUAUUGUACUGUGUAGUUGUAUGUAAAAGUACCUGUCUUAAUGCAAUACACAAUUGUGUUACUGGCACUUUUGGGGAUCGAUACACACCAAUAAUGGUGAGAUGAGGUAGAUACAUGCAUUUAAUGAUAGUCAGCUCAACACCAUUCCUAUUUAAACAAUAAGGAGAGCCAGGAAUUAAUUGGAUUCUGCUGUAUACUGCUGUACCUCCAAACGGUCUUGUAGUGUUAUUAGAGUCACAGUCAUUUCUAAACAAACUAUAUCCAUCAAUGGCAUACAUGCUAUCAUGAUCUGAAUGAGUAAAUCUUGUUUCUGAAAAAAUGCUUAUGUCAGUGUUUGAGUAGUUGAGAUCUUUACGUAUAUCAUCUAUAUGUUUGUGUAAUGACCUUGCAUUAAGAUAGCAUAUUUUUAAAGAAAGUGGACUUUUACUAUAAAGAGGAGAUACUGACAGACUUAGACCUGAAUUUCGUAACCGUCUCAUUUCUGUUUGUACAUCAGGACUGACAGCUAUUUUCUUUUCACAAAGAUUAGUUAUAUGUAAUCCUUCUAUGGUUUUAACUCUGCUAAGACCCACAUAAUGUAUGUGAGGUAUUGCCUUUUUAGUAUCAAAGUUAACAACUAUUCUACUCUCAGUGUCACCUUGUGAUCUGUGAAUAGUUUUAGCAGCAGCAGGCCUCAGAGGGAAUUGUUUCCUCACAACUUGAGCUGUUCUAUUUCUUCCUACAGCAAAUUGUGUAGUAAUUGGUUUGAUAGGUGUCCAAGUAGUUUCUAUACCCUGUGCAUACAAGUGCUUAUUAUCACAUCUAGUUUUUCCCCCUACAUCAGCAUGAUCAAACUGUACCCAUAUUAUACCAGAUGGUUUGUUUUUCUGAUGUAAUUGUACUUUUUUAACAACAUUUCCAGCACCAUUUGUCAUGCCAUCUUCAGUUCUUAUAUUCAUUGCUAAUUCUGUUCUUUCACCUUCAGCUACAUGAAGAUUAGAGACAAUUUGUUUUGUUUUCCUUGGGUCAUCAGGUAUCUGCUUCAUUAUUUUAUCCCUAAGCUCUGAACAGCUUGCUCCUAUUACACUAUCUUGCGAUUUAAUAGAGUACUUUCUGCCUUUUGCUGCUUGGUGCACCUUUUCAUUGAAAUCAUUUACCUUUUUGUUUUGUAUAAAAAGAUGAGGAAUAUCCAUUAGGAAGUUGAGGUCACUUUUUUCAUCAAACAUUCUUUCUUUAAGUUUCAGAAUGUCGUCAAUUGUAUGGAUGCCUUCUCUUAAUCUGUUCAAGAUUUCAGCAAAUAAUUUGCUUUCUCUCUGUCUCAUAAUUUCAUGUAGCUCGAACAUUUUAAAAUGUUUUUGCCAUAGGUUUGGAGCAAGGAUGCUGUAUUCUGAGUUGUCUAAAUCUUUAAAUAUAUAGCCAUCCAUGACAGGCUGAAGUUGAAAUAAAUCACCAAUAGCAAUUAUACUGAUACCUCCAAAGUCAUCCUUACUACCUUUUAUAUCUUUAAGUCUAUUGUUGAUUUGUACAUUAAACAUGGUAUUUCCUACCAUUGAUAUCUCAUCUAUGUAUAUCAGUUUCACACCUCCCAGCUGGCACCUGAGAGUAUUUAGUCUACUAGAAUCCAGUGGCUUAUAGUCUUUCAAAGAUUGACAGGCUGGUAUUGCAAGAGCACUAUGUAUUGUGUUGCCUUUGAUAUUAUAGGCUGCUUUACCAGUAGGAGCUAACAUUAAAACCUUUACUUGAUGAAAAUCAUCUCCAGCUUUGGUGUUAUAGUAUUUUAAAGCUGCUUGAUACAAGGCUUUUGUAACAUGUGAUUUACCAACACCAGCUCCUCCACUGAGAAAACUAUAGAAUGGAUCAUUGGAUGUUUUCAUAAGAUGUAAGCUAUGGUAGAAGAAUUCCUUUUGUUCUUUAUUUAGUGUCUGGACCAUAUUACGGUAUUCGUCAUCUGGUAUUUCAUUUAAUAUAAGUCGCUCAGUGUUAGCUGCAGUAGAUGGAAUGCCUAUGUCUUCUGAGAGGUCAUAGCUCUCGGUGAAAUCAGGGUGCAAAUCUUGUGCACCUUCAGCCUCAUCAUGAAGUUCUAUAUCCUGAGUAUUGGGUGCUAUCAAAUCAUAAUUAUUGCCAUUUUCUUCCAUGCUACUUAAUUUUUCUUCAAUUUCAUCUAAGUCUUGACUACAAACAGCAUAUAAUUUCAUUUGCUCCUCUAUUUGUCCUUUUAAUAGCAAGUAAUUUUCUUGGUAUGAAGAACAAUUGCCAAUCAAGUCAGUGUUUUCAUUUCUCCAUGAUGUGAAUAGCAUGAUUAAUUCUCUAUAAUGUUUUUCAGGGUCUG